ACUCUCGCGGUGAGUAACCACUAAGUUUGCCGUGAGGUUUAAUCCCUUGCUUUUUAAUCCUCGAAGUAUCUGCCGACAACAGCAACGCCAAAGCAUAUUCAAUUAAAUCUCACAUUCUGAUUACUCCCAUAAUAAACAAGCAUCGCAGCGCGACAAAUCUGCGAUCCACAUUCCACAUAUCGCCCUCAUGGCGUCAUCCAGCACCACCAAACGCCUCCUCCGCGAACUGAAAGACUACACCAAUAAUCCAAACGAAGCGCUCCUGCACCUCGGCCCCGUCGACAGCGAUGACCUCCUCCACUGGGAGGCAGUUCUCAAGGGUGUCAAGGGAACACCAUACGAAGGUGGCCUGUGGUCCCUCUCGAUAACAAUACCCCCCAACUACCCCAACGCACCGCCCACAAUCCGCUUCAACACCCGCAUCUCCCACCCCAACAUCUCCUUCACCACCGGCGAAAUCUGCCUGACCCUCCUCACGACGGAGCACUGGACUCCCGCGUACACGCUCUCGUCGACCCUGACGGAGAUCCAGCAGCUCCUGACGAACCCAGAGCCCGAUAGCCCGCUGAACGUGGAUGUGGCGGUCUUAUUGAGAGACGGGGAUAUCCCGGCGUGGGAGAGUAUUGUACGGUAUUGGACGGAAGAGGAGAGGUGGCACGGUCACGAGCCUACUUAUCUGUCACAGGCGUAGAUUUCUUGCAUGGUAUUUGCAUCCAGCGAAUAAGAAAGGGGAAAUGCGGGUAAUAGAUGGGGCGGGGCAGCCAACUCAGUCAAAGUUCUUUAUCUCUGUCUGUUUAGUUAUGUCGACAUUACGAUCAAGCUUAUAUAUAUAUACACACUACGUACUGCCAGAACAACCAUGUCAUUUACAAGUUUCAAAAAACACCACUCCAGCAUAUUUACCAAUACCUCGAUUGCUCAAUAUCUGCAGUACAGAACAAAGAUCUAAAUAUGCACACGC